AUGGUUAAUCCACUUGUUUCUUACUCUGAUGACGAAAGCUUGUCUGAUAGUGCAUUUUCUCAGGGGGAAGAGAACCUAGUUGUUGAUGUUGUACCAAAUCUUGAGGAAGAAAGACAACUGCCACCCAAACCACCUACAUCCUCAUCCAAAUCAGAUCUGCCUCCAUCUCCACCACCAACAACUCCAUCUCCACCACCAAAAACUCCAUCUCCACCACCAAAAGCUAUAUCUCCGCCACCACAAGUAACUUCUUCACCAUCUCCAGCUAUAGAAGCAUCUUCACCUGUCGUUGAAAACUCCCCACCACCACCCAUCAUCGAAUCUCCACCAUCACCAGUCCAAGAAACCCCAUUAUCACCGGUCCAAGAAACCCCACUAUCACCAAACCCAGAAUCUCCCACAACCACUGUCCCAAAUAAUCCCCCUCCUUCCCUAUCUCACCACACAACUCCUCAAAAUCCACCACCAUCCCCAAUCCAUGAUGAUAUUCUUUUGAGCUCCCUUCACCCUAAAAAACUAAGGAGGCCAAGAAAGCACAUUGCAGUUAAACAGGUUCGUCCACACCGGCCAGUGACAAGGAGUGCGCAUGUGGUCAAGCCAACUGAUGAUGCAACAUCUGGGUGA